AUGUCAAUACUGAGUCGAGAAGAAGUCGAGAAGCACUCCACACGCGAGUCGUGCUGGGUAGCUAUCCAUGGCUCUGUUUACGAUGUCACUGAUUUCCUCGAUGAGCAUCCUGGUGGUCCACAGGUGAUUCUUCGCUGUGCGGGAAAAGAUGGCACGGCAGACUUUGAUUCAGUCCACGACAAAGACGUUCUCUCACAGGCCCUGGCCCCGUCGGCCCUCAAAGGCAUUGUCCAACCAGACACUCUGGCGACAGCAUCCCGACCCCUUCCCAAGACAUCGGCAACAGCUGAAGAAAACCCUCCACCACCACUAAACAGUAUAAUCAACCUCAAUGACUUCGAGAAGGUAGCACAGCAACAUCUUUCCCCUCAGGCAUGGGCAUAUUAUUACUCCGGAGCCGACGAUGAGAUCAGCAAACGACAAGGUCAAAAGGCAUACCAGAAGGUGUCUUUCCGGCCUCGCAUUCUCCGCAGCAUUCGCAACGUAGACACGUCCACCUCGAUUUUGGGACAGCCCGUGUCGCUGCCAGUGUACAUGAGCCCCUCCGGAAUCGCCAAAUUUGCUCAUCCCGACGGAGAGUGCGCACUGGCCAUCGCAGCUGGCGAGGAAGGAUUGGCACAGGUGCUGGCAAAUGGCUCCAGCAUGUCUAUUGAUGCUGUGCGAGCGGCGGGGAUCCACCCUAAUCAACCGCUUUUCCAGCAGGUGUAUGUCAAUAAAGACAUUAAAAAGUCGGAGGAGACAGUCCGACGGGCUGUGAAAGCUGGUGCUAGUGGUAUCUGGAUCACGGUCGAUUCCCCUGUUGUUGGGAAGCGGGAAAUGGAUGAGCGAUUGAAUCUUGAAGUUCAGGCGCGCGACUCGUCUGCCAAAGGACAAGGUGUCGCAAAGACAAUGGCCAGCUCCAUCUCGCCGUACAUUGACUGGGAGAUUCUCACAUGGCUUCGCGGUCUCACCGAUCUACCGGUGGUGAUUAAGGGGAUCCAAUGUGUGGAAGAUGCUGUUUUGGCAUAUCAACAUGGGGUACAGGGAAUCGUCCUGUCCAACCAUGGUGGCAGGUCCCAAGACACGCUCACCCGCAGCAGCGCUCAACCUCCACUGGUCACUUUACUCGAGAUCCGACGAUAUGCACCAUACCUGAUCGAAAGUAACAUGCAAAUUUUCAUUGAUGGAGGCAUUCGACGUGGAACAGAUGUCCUGAAGGCCCUUGCAUUAGGAGCAACUGCUGUUGGGCUUGGGCGACCAUUUCUGUUCAGUCUGGCAGCCGGCUAUGGAGCAGAUGGGACCCGCCGGGCCAUUCAAAUCUUGCGGCAGGAAAUUGAAAUGAACAUGGUGUUCCUGGGCGUGACAAAGCUGUCGGAAUUGGGGCCUCAUUUGGUGAAUUCAAUGAGGCUGGAACGAGAUGUAGUUGGCUCGGUUAAACUGUGAAGAGGCAGGCUUCUGUAGAUUACUGGAUAUGAA